AUGGCCUCUGCUGAGUCUGUGGCAUCGGCAAACCAUGUCGACGACCCUGGUGUCGCCGAUUCUCUGUCCCAUCUUAAUGUUGGAGAUCCACAGAACGACACUCCGAAGACCGAAGAGGAAUACGCGCAAUCCCAAUUGACACUACGUGCUAUCGUAUCAACCAAGGAAGCUGGUGUCAUCAUCGGCAAAGCGGGAAAGAAUGUUGCUGAUUUACGAGAAGAGACUGGUGUGAAAGCCGGUGUCAGCAAAGUUGUCCAAGGUGUUCACGAGCGCGUCUUGACAGUCACUGGUCCUCUGUCUGGCAUCGCCAAGGCAUAUGCGCUCGUGGCCAAGGGCCUUCUCGAAGGUGCACCCCAGAUGGGCAUGGGUGGCGUUAUCCAGAAUAAUGGCACACAUCCCAUCCGUCUUCUCAUUUCCCAUAACCAGAUGGGCACCAUUAUCGGCCGCCAAGGAUUGAAGAUCAAGCAUAUCCAGGACGUGUCGGGAGUCCGCAUGGUGGCCCAGAAAGAGAUGUUACCACAAUCCACCGAGCGCAUAGUCGAGGUCCAGGGCACGCCCGAAGGGAUCGACAAGGCGGUUUGGGAGAUUGGCAAAUGCUUGGUCGACGACUGGCAGCGUGGCACCGGGACCGUUCUUUACAAUCCGGCCAUCCGGGUCCAAGUUGGGUCUGGUCCUCUCCCGCCGGCGGUUGGGAGUGGUGGGAUGUCAGCUGGCACCUUUGGUGGCGGACGGUCCUACAAUCGUACCGGUAACGGCGCGGAUUUUAGGGAGACACGGACGUAUAAUCGCAGCGCCGACGGGCCACGAGGUGGUGGUAUUCCCAUUGUCACCGAGGACGGAGAAGAAGUCCAAACCCAGAAUAUCAGCAUCCCCGCCGAUAUGGUCGGCUGUAUCAUUGGAAGAGGAGGAGCGAAGAUCAGUGAGAUCCGCAAGAGCUCGGGGGCCCGCAUUUCCAUCGCAAAAGCACCACACGACGACACCGGCGAGAGAAUGUUCACCAUCAUGGGAAGCGCCAGUGCCAACGAACGUGCCUUGUACCUCCUCUACGAAAACCUCGAGGCAGAGAAGGGCCGCCGACAGCAGGUCUCGUCUGAUUGA